AUGUCAAGUCAAGAGUACUGGUUGAACUAUUUGGAUAAUCCAACGUUAUCGGUUUUACCUCAUGACUUCUUGAAACCUGCAAAUAACCAAUCUGUUGAAUCAAGCCAUAGCUUUCAAUUACCAAAUAAAUCUAGUUUUACAUUUGGAUUGGCAGUUUUUGCAGCCUUGAUUUUCAGAUUGACUGGAGAUGAAGAUAUUGUUAUUGCCACUGACUCUAAAUCAAGUACGACUCCAUUCAUAAUCAGAAUAGCUGUUAGCCCCAGCUUGACUUUUAGUGAACUUUUAACUAGAGUUGAAGAAGAAUACUCCAACAAUGCUGAAAAAAUUACCUAUGAAUCAUUGGAUGAAAUUUCUGAAGCAAUUAAAGCUUCUAAAAAAUUGGAUACUCAUCCGGGUUUAUUCAAAAUUUCAUAUCAACAUUCAAGAGAAGCACAACAAUUGGAAACCUCAGUCAAAGGAUCAGUUCGUGAUUUAGCUAUUUUUGCUUCUCCAGAUGAAGGUAAAUUUCAAAUUUAUUACAAUGCUCUAUUAUACAAAAGUGAAAGAAUAAAUAUAUUUUCUGAACAAUUCACUAAAUUCAUAAAUUCUGCAGUUCAAGCCCCAAAUACUGCCAUAACAAAAGGCAACUUGAUAACUACAUCUCAGCUCAGCCAAUUACCUGAUCCAACUGUGAAUUUAGAUUGGUCUGGAUAUCGUGGUGCUAUCCAAGAUAUUUUCAUGCAAAAUGCUGAAAAUCACCCUGAUAGAACAUGUGUUGUGGAAACUAAAUCAUUUUUAGAUCCAAAGUCAAAAACUCGUACUUUCAAUUAUAAACAAAUCAAUCAAGCUUCCAACUUGGUUGGUAACUAUUUGAAAGAAACCGGUAUCAAAAAAGGUGAUAUUGUUAUGAUCUACGCUUAUCGUGGUGUUGACUUAAUGGUUGCAGUAAUGGGUGUUUUGAAAGCUGGUGCCACAUUCUCAGUCAUUGACCCUGCUUACCCUCCUGCCAGACAAAACAUUUAUCUUUCUGUUGCUAAACCAAGAGGUUUAAUUGGACUUGCUAAAGCAGGUGUCUUGGAUUCUUUGGUUACCGAUUAUAUCAGAGACGAAUUAGACGUCAUUAGUUUCAUCCCCCAAUUGGAAAUCGAUGAAGAUGGUUCGUUAGCUGGUGGUGUUUUAGAAAACCAAAGCCAAGAUGUAUUCAGCGAUUACCAGCAAUUCAAAGAUCAACCUACUGGUGUUAUCGUUGGUCCCGACUCUAAUCCUACUUUGUCAUUCACUUCCGGUUCUGAAGGUAUUCCAAAAGGUGUUUUAGGUCGUCAUUAUUCUCUUGCUUACUAUUUCCCUUGGAUGGCUCAAAAAUUUGGUUUAUCUUCUAAUGACAAAUUCACUAUGUUGUCAGGUAUUGCUCAUGAUCCUAUCCAAAGAGAUAUGUUCACCCCAUUAUUUUUGGGUGCUCAAUUAUUAGUCCCAACUGCCGAUGACAUUGGUACCCCAGGUAAAUUAGCUGACUGGAUGGCUGAAUAUGGCGCCACUGUCACCCAUUUAACUCCUGCUAUGGGUCAAUUGUUAAGCGCUCAAGCUUCUACCCCUAUCCCAACUUUACAUCAUGCUUUCUUUGUGGGUGAUAUCUUGACUAAAAGAGAUUGUCUCAGAUUACAAACUUUGGCUGAAAAUGUUUACAUUGUUAAUAUGUAUGGUACUACUGAAACUCAAAGAUCCGUUUCCUAUUUCGAAAUCCAAAGUCGUAAAGCUGAUCCAACUUACUUAAAAAAUUUGAAAGAUGUUAUGCCUGCUGGUACUGGUAUGCAUAAUGUUCAAUUAUUGGUUGUUAACAGAAAUGAUACUUCUCAAACUUGUGGUGUUGGUGAAGUUGGUGAAAUCUACGUUAGAGCUGCUGGUUUAGCCGAAGGUUAUAGGGGUUUACCAGAUUUGAAUAAGGCCAAGUUUAUUACCAAUUGGUAUGUUGAUCCAUCCAAAUGGGCUGAAGAAGAUGAAGCCAAUAAGAAACCAAGCGAAACUUGGAGAGAACAAGGAUGGUUAGGACCCAGAGAUCGUAUGUACAGAACUGGUGAUUUGGGUCGUUACUUGCCAGAUGGUAAUGUUGAAUGUUGUGGUAGAGCUGAUGAUCAAGUUAAGAUUAGAGGUUUCAGAAUCGAAUUAGGUGAAAUUGACACCCAUUUAUCCCAGCACAAAUUAGUUAGAGAAAAUGUUACAUUAGUAAGAAGAGAUAAAAAUGAAGAACCAACUUUAAUCUCUUAUAUUGUGCCAAAUGACUCACCUGAAUUGGCUAACUUCAAAUCCGAAGUUGUUGUUCCUGAAGGCGAAGAAGAAAUCGACGAUCCAAUUAUCACUGGGUUGGUUGCUUAUAGUGAAUUGAUCAAAGAUAUUAAAGGAUACUUGAAAAAGAAAUUAGCUUCAUAUGCCAUUCCUACCAUCAUUGUUCCAUUAGUCAAGAUUCCUUUGAAUCCAAAUGGUAAAUUUGAUAAACCUAAAUUACCAUUCCCAGAUACUGCUCAAUUAACAGCUGUCUCCAAGUUAUCUGCUGCAAAUAAAAACCUGAGUUUAGAAGAAGAACACUUCAGUGAGUUGGAAACUACUAUCAGAGACUUAUGGAUCGAUGUUUUACCAAAUCGUCCGGCUUCCAUCUCAAAAGAUGAUUCUUUCUUCGACUUGGGUGGACAUUCUAUUUUAGGUACUAGAAUGAUUUUUGAAUUAAGAAAAAAAUUAGCUGUCGAAAUUCCAUUGGGUGUUAUUUUCAAGAAUCCUACUAUUGAGGCAUUUGCUAGAGAAGUUCAAAAAGUAAUUGCUGGUAAUGAUUUUGAGUUAGCAGAUGGUUCCAAUACCCAAGAAAAAGAAACUUCUGCAAAUGUCAGCUAUUCUGAUGAUGCAGUUGAAUUAACCAAAACUGCCUUAUUACCAAGUUAUAAAUCCCGUGAGACUUUGAACGAAUCAGAAACCUUGAAUGUCUUUGUUACUGGUACCACUGGGUUUUUGGGAUCAUUUAUCAUUCGUGAUUUAUUAGUUUCUCGUCCAAAUCAUAACUUCAAGAUUUUUGCUCAUGUGAGAGCAAAAUCAAAAGAAGCCGGUUUAGAAAGAUUGCGUAAUACUGGUAUAACUUACGGUAUUUGGGAUGAAAAAUGGGCUAAUCAAAUAGAAGUUGUUCUUGGUGAUUUAGCUAAACCUCAAUUUGGUUUGGAUGAUAAAGAAUGGAACAACCUAGCUGAAACAAUUGACGUUAUAAUUCAUAAUGGUGCUUUAGUUCAUUGGGUUUAUCCAUACUCUCAAUUAAGAGAUGCUAAUGUUAUUGGUACCGUUAAUGUUUUGAACUUAGCAGGAUCAGGUAAAGCUAAGAACUUCUCAUUUGUUUCAUCUACUUCAGCGUUAGAUACUGAUCAUUUUGUACACUUGUCAGAUGAAUUAGUUGCUAAAGGGAAAGCAGGUAUUCCAGAAUCUGAUGACUUACAAGGGUCAGCUCACGGAUUAGGUACUGGAUACGGUCAAUCUAAGUGGUCAGCCGAGUACAUUAUUAGAAAGGCAGGUGAAAGAGGUUUGAAAGGUUGUAUUACAAGACCUGGUUAUGUUACUGGUUUUUCAAAAACUGGAUCUUCAAAUACCGACGAUUUCUUAUUGAGAAUGUUAAAAGGAUGUGCUGAAUUGGGAUUAUACCCUAACAUAACCAACAAUGUCAAUAUGGUUCCAGUUGAUCAUGUUGCAAGAGUUGUUGUUGCAACCGCUCUUCACCCACCUCAAUCCAAUGAAUUAAGUGUCGCCCAAGUAACUGGUCAUCCUAGAAUACAAUUUGAUGAAUUUUUAAGUGCUUUAGAGACAUACGGAUAUGAUGUUAAACAAACCGAUUACCCAACUUGGAAAACUAGCUUGGAAAAAUUUGUUGUUGAAGAUUCAAAAGACUCUGCUUUAUUCCCAUUAUUACAUUUUGUCUUGGAUAAUUUACCACAAAAUACCAAAGCACCAGAAUUAGAUGAUUCUAAUGCAAGCAAAUCGCUUAUUUCUGACUCUAAAUGGACUAACGUUGAUGUUAGUAAAGGUAAAGGGGUUACAAUUGAUCAAACUAGUAUCUAUAUAAGCUAUUUGAUCAAGGUUGGAUUCUUACCAAGUCCUACUGGUAAAGGUAAACAAUUACCAGAAGUUGAAUUAAGUGAAGAAACUUUGAAACUUAUUUCAUCCGGUGCUGGUGGACGUGGAUCAGCCGCCAAAUAAUCUUGUUACAUAGCUU